AUGAGGGCAGAGGUGACCAGGGGCAGGAGCCCCACUCUCCACACACUACACCGCAGUGUCCUGCUGAUCGCCUGCAGCCUUCUGCAUUUACAACGCAUAGCUGUAGCAACGGACUCAAUCAGAGAUGUGUGUGCCACGUGUCACAGAAACGCUACAUGCCACGACAGAGGUCACUACAAAACCUGUAUCUGCAACUACGGAUUCAGUGGCAAUGGAAGGAAUUUCUGUUCCGAUAAAAACGAAUGCCAGAUUAAAGCCGGUCGCUUGGUCUGUGGAUACCAUGCGGCUUGUUACAAUACACAUGGCAGCUUUUAUUGUACAUGUAGUACAGGUUAUAGACCAUCCAAUAAUAUGUCGUCCUUCACUCCCAAUGACGGAAGUCACUGCAUAACUGUUGACUGUGGCUUACCACCGAAUAUACAGAACACAGGUUGGCACCUGCCGGAUAACACAACCUACGGCAGUACAGCUGUGUACAGAUGUGAGAUUGGCUACGGGGCUGUCAGUGGGAACGACACAUCGGUCUGCUCUGCCCGGGGACAGUGGGAAGGAGCGAGUCUCCAGUGUAAAGCUGUUGACUGUGGAUCCCCACCAGGUGUUCCAAAUACGGAGUGGUACCCGCAACAUGACACGGUUUAUGGGAGUAAAGCUGUGUACAGAUGUAAAGAUGGCUAUGUGCUCUUCAAAGGAGAAGUCACAUCAAUCUGCUCUGCCCGGGGGCAGUGGGAAGGAGCGAACCUUCAGUGUACAGAAGUUGACUGUGGCUCACCACCGGCUAUCCCAAACACAAAGCGGUACCAUACCGGUAACACAACCUACGGCAGUACAGCUGUGUACAGGUGUGAGAUUGGCUACAUGGCUGUCAGUGGGAACGACACCUCAGUCUGCUCUGCCCGGGGACAGUGGGAAGGAGCAAGUCUACAGUGUACAGAAGUUGACUGUGGCUCACCACCGGCUAUCCCAAACACAAAGCGGUACCAUACCGGUAACACAACCUACGGCAGUACAGCUGUGUACAAGUGUGAGAUUGGCUACAUGGCUGUCAGUGGGAACGACACCUCAGUCUGCUCUGCCCGGGGACAGUGGAAAGGAGCGAGUCUCCAGUGUACAGCUGUUGACUGUGGCUCACCACCGGCUGUCCCAAAAACAGGGUGGUACCUGCUCGGUAACACAACCUACGGCAAUACAGCUGUGUACCGGUGUGAGAUUGGCUCCGUGGCUGUCAGUGGGAACGACACCUCAAUCUGCUCUGCCCGGGGACAGUGGGAAGGAGCGAGUCUCCAGUGUACAGAAGUUGACUGUGGUUCACCACCGGCUAUCCCAAACACAACGCGGUACCAUACCGGUAACACAACCUACGGCAGUACAGCUGUGUACAAGUGUGAGAUUGGCUACAUGGCUGUCAGUGGGAACGACACAUCGGUCUGCUCUGCCCGGGGACAGUGGGAAGGAAUGAGUCUGCAGUGUACAGGGUGGUACUUAUUGGGUAACACAAGAUACGGAGGUACAGCUGUGUACAUAUGUGAGAUUGGCUACGUGGCUGUCAGUGGGAACGACACCUCAGUCUGCUCUGCCCGGGGACAGUGGGAAGGAGCGAGCCUGCAGUGUACAGAAGUUGACUGUGGCUCACCAGCGGCUAUCUCAAACACAGUGUGGAAUCUGCUCAGUAACACAACCUACGGCAGUACAGCUGUGUACAGGUGUGAGAUUGGCUAUGUGGAUACCAAUGGGAACGACACCUCAGUCUGCUCUGCCCGGGGACAGUGGGAAGGAGCAAGUCUACAGUGUACAGAAGUUGACUGUGGCUCACCACCGGCUAUCCCAAACACAAAGCGGUACCAUACCGGUAACACAACCUACGGCAGUACAGCUGUGUACAAGUGUGAGAUUGGCUACAUGGCUGUCAGUGGGAACGACACCUCAGUCUGCUCUGCCCGGGGACAGUGGAAAGGAGCGAGUCUCCAGUGUACAGCUGUUGACUGUGGCUCACCACCGGCUGUCCCAAAAACAGGGUGGUACCUGCUCGGUAACACAACCUACGGCAAUACAGCUGUGUACCGGUGUGAGAUUGGCUACGUGGCUGUCAGUGGGAACGACACCUCAAUCUGCUCUGCCCGGGGACAGUGGGAAGGAGCGAGUCUCCAGUGUACAGAACUUGAUUGCGGCCCGCCACCGGGAGUGCAGAAUGCCAACGUGAUCCGUAACCAAACCACAAGUCUCGGGAGCCAAGUCUACUAUGAGUGCAUGGAAGGAUUUUACAGUGCAGGAGGAAGGAACAUUUCUGUAUGCACAGUGAAGGGGCAGUGGGAAAACAUCACAUUGAUUUGCAAAGAGAUUAACUGUGGGAACCCACCAACAAUCCCGAAUGCAGUACUGAUCUGGAACCACAGCAGCAAGCUAGGGAGUGCUGUACAGUAUACAUGUCAGGAUGGAUUUGUCAGUGUGUCAGGGAAGAACGUGUCUGUCUGCACUGAAGGAGGGAGGUGGAAAGAAGUGACUCUGCUAUGUAAAGUUAAGAAAACAAAUCUUAAUGUUAUUCUGUUUAACAACUCCUGCUUGAAGUGGAAGAGGGACCGAAUGCAAUCAAUAUCCAAGGACACAUACCUGUUUCAGGUCUGGGGGAAAAGAAUCUACCAAAGAGAUUUCUUUACUGCAGAAUUGUUUAACUACACCACUGCAGAUAUCUCCCCAGCGGUUUGUUUAGACCUACAGCCGGGGACUAAUUAUACAGUGAACAUUACAGCUUUUACAGAGCAGCUUUCUGCCUCUGUACAAAUAUCAACCAAAAUAUCUGCUCCUCCAGUGCCUGAUGUGGAGAUCGUAGUUGUGGAACGUCUAUUACCACCCCUCAUCCUCCGUAGAGUAGAAGAGAAGAAUGGGCCCAUCAGUCUUUACCAAGUGCUUGUUUUGCCAUUGCACUUCCAGCACACAUUCACCUGCAACUCCCUGAACAUCAGCGGCUUCUUUGGCCCCAACAGAGACAGCGAGGGAUACGUGACAGCCGAGUUUGUGGCAAUGGAUGUUGAGGAUGGGAUGGAAUUCUCUGUGGGAGAUCGGCUCUAUUAUCGAGCGUACUAUAACGCUCCUUUAGAAGCAGGAAAGAACUAUUCUUUUUUGCUGAAAGUCAUUAGCGAAUGGGGCUACGUGAGGAAACAGUCAUGUGUGGUGUUGGCACAGUUAAAAGGUUUAUCACACGGUGUGCAGAACAGGACUUUUUUAGGUGUGGCGUCUGUGGGAGUUAUUGGAUUUCUCUUGUUCUUCUGCUAUUCUCUGGCAUGGAGCUUCAAGUCAAGGUAACAAGAGAAGAUGUCAUCAGGGAGAGACAGGAAGAGUGCUAUUCCUAGACUGGCCAUUUGAGCAAACUUCGCAGAUGCAGGAACAACAUCAAAUAAUAAGGGAAUAUCCCUUGGCUUUUAAAACGCAGGCCCGUAUUACAACUCUUUCCUGUUGGCUGGAUCAUUUUAUUUAAAUAUCUAAACUCACCGGACACUUGCCCAGUGCAGUGGGUUGGGGUUAAACUCCAAGUGUAAAGAAUCUUGGAUUUCUUUUUGAGAAGAAAACUUGGCCCUGGCUUGCUGCUUUUGGAAUGAGAACACGAGCAGCUUCAGGUGAUGAUUAAGGGGACAAUGAGUUUGGCAGCAACAGGCAGUGUUACUGGCUUCUCACUGUCAGAAAAAAAAUACUCCAUGAGAUUUUUUUUCAACAGAAAGCAUUCAGCCAGUACUGCUAAAAGUGCUUUUGGAUGUCCAUUCGACGUGAAAGACGCUAUAUAAAUGUAAACUUGUCAUGUAUUGUAUUGUACUGUAUUGUUACAGUGUUAUCCCCUGUGCA